AUGGGGUUGAUUAAAAAGACCACUGGCCUUGUUGGGUUAGCUGUGGCUCCUAAUCCUCACCAUACACUAGGGGCUCUUUAUGGAAAGAUUCUUAGAACUCUGCAAAAAAUGCCUGAAACAUCAGUUUAUAGAAAAUAUACUGAACAAAUAGUAAAAGAGAGAGCAGCUGUUUUGAAACAGACUAAAGAUACAUAUGAAAUUGAAACAAAAAUUAACUGUGGUCAAGCUGAAGAAUUAAUUGUCCAGGCAGAAAAUGAGUUAAAUUUAGCUCGGAAGAUGCUAAACUGGAGAGCAUGGGAACCCCUGGUUGCCAAGCCACCAAAAGGCCAAUGGGACUGGCCUCCAACUAAAGCU